AUGCCACCGCUAGCGAGAACAGCAGCAGCGAUAGCGGCAGCGGCAUGCAUGCUGUCUGCCGUGACGGGCUUCGUCGUUCCUAGCGCGGGUUCGUGUGGCCCUUCGGCAGACGUUGCGAAGACCCGCCACAUCCUCCGCAGGGCUUCGUCUCGAACUACCCUAGCGCAGCAGUACCAUCACCCUCUUGUGAUGGCGGCCGCGCCUGUGGUGAAGCGUGUCGCAAUCGUGGGGGCAGGGGUCGGGGGUCUGACGCUCGCGAACGCGCUGUGCACAGGAAGCACGGCCGUCGACGAGGUGAAGGUUUUCGAAAAGUUCGACUCCGUCAAACCUGGGAUCGGGGGUGGCGUCCAGAUCAACAGCGGCGCGGUGAUACUGGCACGGCUUGGACUUGGAGACGCCAUUAAGGCUGGUGGCAACCAGGUGGAGCGUAUCCUGAGCCGAACCGUCGGGGGGCGCGUGACCCUUGACCUGGACGUGAAGAAGCUGAUCCAAUCUGAUCCUAAGCGGCGGUCGGUCAUGGUGGACAACGGCACGCCCAUGGUGAGAGAAAGAAAGAGAGAGGGGGGGAUGGUUGGGGUGUACUCAUACUCGUGCAUGCCGUAG